AUGGGCAGGAAAAGUUUUGAGAAGCUAGAAAAGGAGGCUAUUGAAUCAAUGCCAUACCUGGCAAGUGAUGAAAAGUCAUCAAACCUAAAAGAUGCAUCACCAAUAUUAUUACAAGAUAAGAUCAAAAAUUAUAGCCAAACACCACCUUGGGUCCAUUUCGUUGCAGGAGGUAUCGGUGGCGUUAUGGGUGCUGUUGUAACAUGCCCAUUUGAUGUUGUUAAGACCCGUUUACAGAGUAGUAUGUUUCAAACGGCAUAUAGGAGUAAUGCUGCUCCAAUAACGACUCCAAUAAAUAUAGUCUCCAGAGGAUUGAUUCAUUUUAAAGAAACUUUCGGAAUAAUCCAUAAUUUAUAUAGUCAAGAGGGAUUUAGGAGUCUGUUUAAGGGAUUAGGGCCAAAUCUUAUUGGUGUUAUCCCUGCGAGAAGCAUAAAUUUCUUUACUUAUGGCACCACAAAAGAUAUAUGUUCCAGGCUGUUUAAUAACGGCGAAGAAUCUCCUUCAAUUCAUUUUCUAGCUGGUGCUACUGCUGGAUGGGCUACAUCUACAGCUACUAAUCCUAUCUGGUUAGUCAAAACCAGGUUACAACUUGAUAAAGCUGAAAAGAGUACUGCAAGGAAAUAUAAAAAUUCAUGGGAUUGUAUAAAGAAUGUCGUGAGGAAUGAAGGUAUUCUGGGAUUGUAUAAAGGCUUAAGCGCAUCAUAUCUUGGAUCCGUGGAAAGUAUAUUGCAAUGGGUACUUUACGAGCAGAUGAAACGUAUUGUAAAGCAAAGAUCCAUAGAAGAAUUUGGUGACAUUAGCGAAGAGAACAAGAGUACUUACUUGAAAAUAAAGGAAUGGUGCCAAAGAUCUGGUGGUGCUGGUGCUGCUAAACUUUUUGCAAGUAUUAUUACCUACCCACAUGAGGUUAUCAGGACGAGAUUGAGACAGGCUCCAGUUGAAAAUGGGAAACUCAAAUAUACGGGCCUACUACAAUCAUUUAGAAUUAUCUUCAAAGAAGAAGGGUUCAGAUCCAUGUACGGUGGAUUAACCCCUCAUUUGUUAAGAACAGUUCCAAAUAGUAUCAUCAUGUUUGGAACCUGGGAACUUGUAAUAAAGUUACUAUCUUAA